AGUUGUGCUGCUGAAAACAGAUCGAACACAUAAGUAGUGUUUGUGCGGGUGAAUAACUCUGCAGUGUAUAUUGUGUGUGUGUGGUGUGUUUUCAGGAAGCUGUGCAAGAUGCAGGAAAGCGGUGUACGGUGCAGGGAGAGCCUGCCAGGCCAUGGGGAAUCUGUUCCACGACACUUGUUUCACCUGCUGUCUUUGCAAUAAAAAGCUGAGUGGCGAGUCAUUUUACACUAUUUCAGGAAGAAUCUUUUGUGAGGAUGACUUUUUGUAUUCAGGAGUCCAUCCAUCCCCAGAGGUUUGUAACGGCUGUGGAUAUUUAAUCACGGACAUGGUUCUACAGGCUCUCGGGAAGUCCUACCACCCAUCCUGCUUCCGUUGUGUCGUCUGCAGGGAGAGCCUGGAGGGCCUGCCCUUCACUGUCGGCACAGACAACAAGGUUUACUGUGUCAGCGACUACCACAAGGUCCAGGCGCCCAGGUGUGCCGCUUGCAGAAUGCCCAUUUUGCCAUCUGAGGGGUCCACAGAGUCCAUUCGAGUGGUAUCAUUUCACAGAAAUUACCAUGUGGAGUGCUAUGACAGUGCGGUGAACCUCACUUGAGACCAGGAGCGG